AUGCGCACUACCCCGACCCUGGCUCUAGGUGCCCUGCUCAACAUCUUACCUCCGCACAUUGCGGCGGAGGAGAGAGCCAGAAGCGCAGCCUUUAGGCUGCUAGUCAGUGGGAUCUGGAGGCGGGCCUCCUACGGGCACGCAUCGAUCCUGUCAAGAACGGAAGACUUCGAGGAAGUCAACCGUCUUGGGGGGCCCGUCUGGUAUACGGAUGCAGCUAAAGCGGGUUCCAACGCGGGAGCAGGGGUCUGGUCUGGAGGGCCUAGGACUGAGCUGUCCUACACCCUAACCGGUACCGCCUCUGUUCUCCAGACGGAGCUGUUUGCCAUUCGGGCCUAUGCCCACAGUAUCCUGGAAAGGGGAUACUAUGACAAACAUAUCUACAUCUGUAGUGACAGCCACGCUGCGCUCAGACUUGUACACAGCACCGUGGUCAAGUCAGGGCUGGUGAAGGACUGCGUCGACCUGUUGACACUGCCUAGCCGUGUCAACAGAGUGAAGUUGCUAUGGGUGCCGGGUCACAGUGGCGUUCAGGGCAACGAAAGGGCGCACGAGCUUGCCAGACUUGGAGCUUCACGGCACGAUCCGACAAACCGGUGCCACAUCAGCGUGUCAGGGGGGCUUAUGCGGAGGAGGACUAAGAAGUGGGCCACGGACCGCUUCAAGGAUCUCUGGGUGCAAGGCUCUGGCAUGAGGCACACGAAGGCUCUGUUCUCAGGGCCCUCGGAAAAGCUAGGUACCGAGUUGAUCAACCUAGACCGAGCCCAAUGGAGGCUGGUUGUAGGAUUGGUCACCGGGCACUGGCACCUUAGAAAGCACCUUACGCGACUGGGCCUUGCACAAGACUCGGUCUGCAGCAGGUGCGGCGAAGAGGAGGAUACCACCCUCCAUCUCAUAACUCAAUGCGUUGGGCUAACGGACGUCAGAAAUGAUGUCCUUGGGAACACCGCCAACAACAUUUUCGACCUAGUGGGCUGA